CAACCACAUCAUCCGCAGAGGUCUGUAGUUCCGUUCUUUCGUUUUUUGAGGCACCGAUGCCUAUUGUGCAUAUUGUACACGUGAAACAUACAACAUCUGACCGUCGACCGUUUUCGCACCUAUUGACUAUUGUUGUUGAUCACGUAGAAAGUGCAUGUGUUUUUGUUGCGCACAAAUCAUAAAGCGACAACAAGAGGGAUACGAAAUCAUACGAAACGGGUGUAGAAUUUAUUUUCGUUCAUGUGGGUAUGAGGUAUGAACCAUAGCCAUGGUCUUGCUGUUUCCACAAAUAGUUCUAUACUUAAGUCUUAUCGUUCUCAAUAAAUCGGUUUGUUGCAAGAAAGCCACACCAAAUGGUACGAACGUUCUAAUAUACGAGGGGCCUACGUUUUACAAAAAAAACGCAGAUUUGCCAGUUGAUAAGAAUGUAAUUGCAAAGUCAGUAGAAAACGAUAUUAACCAUAAUAAAGUGCAUCACAACAGUACAUACAACAAUUCGAGUAUUGAUGCAAAACCAAAAAGAAAAAUACGAAAUGUUGUUACAACGGGUAAACCAAAAGGGCAAAAAAACACAACUAAAUCUACCCCGCGUAGUAGCAGCAAGGCGAUAAAGACAUUUUCGAAAACUACAAAAACUUACCAGAGUAGUACAACAGCUGGGCCUAAAACUGACAAAAGAUUAGGCGAAAACACCACUAGUAAACCUAAUGUAUCCGAUGAGUCUAUAACAAUAGAACAAUUCCAUAGGAAAUAUCCUGUACAUCUAUGGAAGGACCAUGGUUUUUACACAGAUGAUUUUUUUGAGUUAAUAAACAAAAACUGGUUGAAACAUGAGCCUACGAGUGCUUUUAAACAUUACAUUAUGGGUAUCAUGUACACGAUCAUCAUGGUCGUCGGAUGCUUUGGAAACGCUCUAGUGAUUAUAAUGUACAUCAGAUGCAAGUCUCUACAAACUCCAGCAAACAUAUUGAUCAUGAACUUGGCUGUUUGUGAUUUCUUCAUGCUCGCCAAAUCGCCAGUAGUCAUAUACAACAGUUUUUAUCAAGGACCCGCUCUGGGAAAAUAUGGUUGUAAAAUUUACGGCUUUCUCGCUGGUGUAACCGGAAUCGGGUCCAUCAUGACGCUGGCAGCCAUAUCGUUAGACCGUUACUAUGUCAUAGUGCACCCGCUGAAUACUGCCGUGAAAACCACCAAACCCAGAGCUAGGAUUCUGAUCGGAUUAAUAUGGACAUACGGAAUCGUAUUUUCUAUCAUACCUACACUGGAUUUGGGUUUAAAUCACUUUGUGCCAGAAGGGUAUUUAAGUAGUUGCGGGUUUGACUACUUAAGCGAAGACAUAAACGAAAAAAGAUUUCUGUUAAUUUUUUUUACGGCAGCCUGGGUUGUGCCGUUUGGUCUGAUAUCGGUUUGCUACAUUCAAAUACUGGCGGCCGUCUGGAGGACGAAUGAACUAGCAGCUAGCAGAUACGGCCAGGAGGUCGAAAAGAGAAAGACGGAGAUAAGAUUGGGAUAUGUUGUGGUUGGAGUGAUAAUGUUGUGGUUUUUAUCAUGGACCCCGUACGCUUUUAUGGCGCUUUUGGGAGUGUUCGAUCAAAAGGACUACAUUACACCCGACACGUCGAUGAUCCCGGCAUUGUUUUGCAAGACAGCUGCUUGCGUGGACCCUUGGGUUUACGCCAUUACACAUCCGAAAUUCAAAAAGGAAUUGAUAAAGUUAUUUUCCAAGAAGAAAAACAGAAAGUUAGAAAGAGACUACGGUAUGAAGAAAGGAGCAGAAAAUUCAUGUUCCGCCAGAGGUUUCAGAAACCAGUCGAGCACCGAAGAAGACGAAGUGGAAGAGGUCAUCGUCAUGGUAAACCCUGAUCAUAAAAUGCAUCGUCAGGGUUCGACAUCUAGCCAUAAAACCGAGGAGACAAAAGCGUUAGAAAUGAAAUUUCCGCCGACUAGACAAGAGAGUGUGAAAUACAUGCCUCCCAGCUGGUACAAACUGCCUAGAAGCAAGUCAAAAAGUAGUCUUAAGGUAGAUUUAAAUUCCGUAGAUAAGUAAUGGUACAAAUUAAGUAAAAUCUACUACUUCUAAAAUAUGAUAAUUGAUAGUUUCGCCGAUCAUUUGAGUUGUUCAAGUCGUUGCUUAUCAGCUUUAGUUAUUCUUUAACAGAUUACAUCUCUCGGUGAUGUAGGAUAGGUGAACAAAUUAAUCAUACUUGGGUGUUUUUAAUGAACAAAUAUUAACAAAACACAUAUUAGUUGCGGGGAAUAUGAGCGUGAAACAUGUAAACAUCCAUUAUGGAAACAAAAUUUGUCUAUGCUGGUUAAAAACAAAUUAUUUUGAAAAUUAGAUACAAAACUAGAUAGGUAAACUAGAUCUACUAAUAAGCUCUAAAAAAAAUACUUAAAGAUAUAAAUAUUCGUAAAGAACUCGUACAAUUAGUAUGUAAAAUAACAUAUGAAGGGCACAGAGGAAAAACAGUAGUUGUCACAUUAUGAACAUUUUAGAGUAUAGCAAAAACCAAGUUCGUGAAUUCCUCUACCUCUUACAUAAGAACAAAAAAAAAUCACAUUAAAUGCUACUCUAAUAAUAAAUGUAUUUAUUUAAACAAUUUAUUGACAUAAAUAAAAAAAAUUAUUGGCAUAAAUUGAAAAAACCAAUUUGAAAAAAAAAUUGUUCAUAAUGUGACUACUACCGUUUUUCCCCUGUGCCCUUCAUAUUGUUCUUAAACUGUUAAAACCAAUACUACAGAAUCUUAGGUUUUUCUAAGAUAAAUAAUUAAUUUCUGUUAAUAUCUUUGUUGGUAUAUUUAAAAAUUAUUAGUUAGGUAGUACUUAGAUUGUAAUAAUUGAUCACGCGAUGGACCGAUUUAAUCAUCAACAUGAAUUAAAAAUCUUUGCUGGGUAUUAGUCGAACGGCCGUUGUUCUGCUGAGUUAACUGAUGACGAAUAUAACAAUUGUGAUUAAAAUGCUAGUUUACUAGCUUGAUCUCGCCUGUGUUGUCAUUUCAAUAAUACAAUAUAAAAGGAAACACUUAAAGCAGGCCAAUUUUUCAGGCCACCAUUACAUUUUUCAAUAGUUCCGAUCUACUACGUAUUGUACAUUGCAUAAUAUUUGAUUGUAAAGUAUGUGCUCUUGAAACCCUUGAAAAAGUUUUGAAAAGUAAUUCUAUUAAAAAUGUAGGCACGAUUCUAACAUUUGAUGUAAGCUAAUGAUUUUCAAAGUAGGUCUGAUUACAUAAAAAGACGAAUAAAAGGAUCUCACAUUUGAAUUAAACAAAAUAAAUAUUAUAUCAUAUACGAUUUAUAUUCGAAUAGGAAUUGUAUUAUGAUUUUAAGUGCUCCGUGUUUUGUAGUAAAAUGCAGCACAUUAUUUACUAUAUUAUAGUUAUAGUUU